UUUGACCACAAGAGUGAAGCAUUGUACCACAUCCGAGAGUCAGCGGAGCGACCGGCCGUUCCUUAUUAUGGGUCGUGUAAUACAUGUAUUAUUGCUAUGUAUACCUUCAGAUAUUGCGCGGAUUUAUAAUAUAUGUUUUUCUAUCUAAAUUUUAACACUUGAGAGUACACACAGAAGGCUGUCAGUGACCCGACAAGCUUAGUUAGUUGUUUCAAAUAAUUUAUUGUUUGAGGCCAGUGUUUCUAGUCGGACAGAAAAGGGACCGAAACUAAACAGCCACGUAGUAAAAGGCGAAGCUCGCAAGAAGACUGACAUGCUCUCAGCUAGUCUGCCUCCUAAGACGAUGGCGUAGUGAGAUGCCCUUUCAAGAAGUGCACCAGCAGUGCUGUGACUGUUACUUUUCUUAAUGGAAGUGGAUACUGAGCAGUCAGUGGCAGCCCAGAUGGAGGCCAAUACUUAUCAAGAGGACCAUGUUAUAAAAUCCAAAGAGGCUCAAGCCCAUGCUGUGGAGCAUGAAACGUCAUUUAAAAAAGGGCUGGAAAACCCACAGAAUGCAAAGGGGGAUAUUCAUAACGGUCCUGUCAAUUCAGAUGUGAUGCCAAAUGGAAAUGGACUGGCAGAGGGCUUUGAUACUGCAGGGGACACCCUGCCUCUGACAGCUCCUCCCCAGAGCACCAGCUCCCCUGUCAACUCGCAGAACCACGAGCCCUCCCCAGGUGUGGCUGCUUAUCCACCCAUGAUGCUAGAGAAGUCUGAGGGGGCUAGUGCUGAGGUCACGGUUCACAAGGGUGAUGCAUUGCAGUCACUCAGACUCAGUAUGCCUAUGCAGGAGACUGAACUGUCCAACCAGAAACCAUCACUGGAGAUGGAGAAUGAGGAGAAGAUUCGCCUAGAGGCUCGCCGGCGCCUGGAGGAGCAACUAAAACAGUACAGAGUGCAGAGACAGAAGGAGAGGUCUCAUCGUACCACCACCAAGAGCAGACCAUUCAGUACCCUGGAUCCAGAACUUAUGCUACAUCCUGAGGCACUACCCCGGGCUAGUACUGUUGCCAUGACCAAGGAGUAUUCCUUCUUGAGGACCAGUGUCCCACGUGGUCCCAAACUUGGUAGCCUUGGAAUUCCCCCUCCCAAAGAGAAGAAGUCCAGGUCACCUCGCCCUAACAAGAUCCACUCCUUGGCUGAUUACAAGUCUCCUGAGAAUGAUGGUGGUGGUGGUGGUGGAGGAGGAGGCGGCAUAAAGGCAGCAGACAUAAGCUCUGUCAACUCCACUAUUAGCUCUGUGUCCACACUGUCUGAGAUCAGUGUGACGUCAGAGUGCAGUACUUCUGAGACAGAGGCACAGUCCGGUGCUCCCCUCCACGUCCGGGACAAUGUGUCAGAAAUUGAUGGCAGUGAAUCAGGGGUAAGACCCGGGAAUGAUGGCAACGACAGUGACAGCUCUUCCUACAGCAGUGUGUCUACCAGGGGAACCUACGGUAUGCUCUCUGCAGCAGUGGAGAGGCAGCAGGGGCCAUACACAGUAGAUGGACGUGAGAUCGCCCCUGAGGCUAUGGGUCAGUUCCCUUCCCUUCAGGAGGUUCUGCAGGCAGCCACUGAAGAGCAACACUUACUGGAGCUGGAGCAGGAAAGAGAAGGGACAGCAGAGCCUCGUAGCCGCAGGGACAGCUUCUCCAGCAGUGUUUCUUUGGAGAGUUCUGUGAUGGGUCAUGAUGAAGUGCUCCAAGUGUUGAAAGAGAAAAUGAGGCUUGAGGGCCAGCUGGAAUCCUUGUCAUCUGAGGCCAAUCAGGCUCUCAAGGAGAAGACAGAGCUUCAGGCCCAGCUUGCAACAGUGAAUGCACAGCUUCAGGCUAAAAUGGAGGAGGCUCAAGUCAGCAAGGAGAAGCAGAGUGCCCUCACUACAGAGGUUGGCACACUACGGCAAAGCUGUAGCCAGCUAGAGAAGGCUAUGGUAGAGCUCCAGAGCAGUCUAGAGAACAAGAAUGCCAGUCUGGCUUCUCUAAGCAAUGAUCUAAAGGUUGCUGAAGACCAGUACAACAGGCUGAUGGGGAAGGUGGAGGAGAUGCAAAACACUGUAACCUCAAGGGACAAUACAGUUCAGGAGUUGCGUCAGCAGAUGGGUGGUCUUCAGAGUCAGCUUCAACAGGUGCAGCUGGAGCGCAGUACCCUACAGAGCCGACUGAAGACCUCCCAGGCCGAGAUUGAUUCACUUCAGCAGGUCAGACAGUGGUACCAACAGCAGCUAGCUCUGGCCCAGGAGGCAAGAGUGCGUCUGCAAAGUGAAAUGGCCAACAUGCAGGCUGGACAGAUGACUCAGAUUGGUGUUCUGGAGCAUCUGAAGCUGGAAAAUGUGACACUGUCACAUCAACUCACUGAGACCCAGCAUCGCUCCAUCAAAGAAAAAGAACGCAUCGCUGUACAGCUACAGAGCAUUGAGGCCGACAUGCUGACCCAAGAAGCUGCUUACAAGCAGAUCCAGGAUGCAAAGAGCAUGGUGGAAGAUGACCUGCAGCACAAGCUGGACGAGUUUGAAGAAGAGCGAGAACGGUUAAUAAAGCUUGCCAACACAGCCAGCACCCUGGAAAGAGAACUAGAGCAGGUAAAGCUGACCCUUUCCCAGAAGGAUGCACAGCUGCAGACACUUCAGAAGGAACAUCUGGAGCUGAUGCGCCAGCUGACAACCACUCAGGAGAACUUGCACACCAAAGAGCAGUCCAUCAACCAGCUAGAGGCCCGAUACCAGGAGCUGGAGGCCCAGCUGGCUGAGCUGCAGACAGAAAGCACUGCCAAGGAUGACAACAUCCAGUACCUCCAGAACGAGAAGAUUGUCCUUGAGGUAGCACUGCAGGCAGCCCGGGCAGACAAGAGCCAACUUGAUGAGAGUGCUGAGAGGCUUGGCGAGGAUGUUCUGGUGGCCUCAGAUGUCUUGGAUCAACUACGACAGGAAAUCCAAGUCAAAGCCAAUCAGAUUGAAACUCUACAACAAGAAAAUAAUUCCCUGAAGAAGCAAGCUCAGAAAUUUAAGGAGCAGUUCCUGCAACAAAAGGUGAUGGUGGAAGCAUACCGCAGGGAUGCCAGCUCCAAAGACCAGCUGAUCAAUGAGCUCAAGUCCACCAAAAAGCGUCUAUUGACGGAGGUGAAGGACCUGAAGCAGGAGCUACUGGCUGCUCAGGGGGAGAAGCAGAAGGCAGAGCUGGAGCAGACCCGGCUGCAAAAGGAGGUGGUGAGAGUGCAGGAGCAGAUGAGUAACAUGGAGGCCCAUCUGCAAACCAUUCAGAAUGAAAGGGAUCAGCUCGAAACCCAGAUUCAGUCUCUACAGUUUGAUCAGAGCCAGCUAGCAGCAGUGACACAGGAGAAUGAAGGUCUAAGGAAACAGGUGGAGCAAAUGGAGGCUGAAGCCAAGAAAGCCAUCACUGAACAGAAGGUGCGUGUGAAGAAGCUGGGAACAGAUUUGACCAGCGCUCAGAAGGAGAUGAAGGCCAAACACAAGGCCUACGAGAACGCCGUGGGCAUCCUGAGCAGGAGGCUCCAAGAGGCUCUGACUGACAAGGAGACAGCCGAGGCAGAGCUGGCUAAAUUGAAGGCCCAGGUAUCAGACGAAGGGAACAGCCAGGCCUUGCAGAAGAAGAUUGAGACCCUACAGGCUGAACUGCAGGCUGUUACCAACAGCAAAGCUAUGCUAGAGAAGGAACUUCAAGAAGUGAUCACCCUAACAUCCACAGAGCUAGAAGAAUACCAGGAGAAGGUUCUGGAGCUUGAAGAUGAGCUUCAAGAAUCACGCUGCUUCAAGAAGCGGAUCCGAAAGUUAGAAGAUGCCAACAAGAAAUUGGCACUUGAGCUGGAACACGAAAAAGGAAAACUGGCUGGAUUAGCUCAGUCCCACAAUGCACUGCGGGAGCAUGCCAACAUUCUGGAGUCUGCUUUAGCAAAGAGGGAGGCAGAUCUUGUCCAGCUCAAUUUGCAGGUUCAAGCUGUUCUGAAGCGUAAAGAGGAGGAGGACCAGCAGAUGAAGCAGAUGGUACAAAGUCUACAGCUGGCCUUGGAAAAAGAGAAGACCAAAGUAUUGGACCUGAAAGAACAGGUGGCAGCAGCAAAGGCUGAGGCAGCCCACAAUAGACGGCACUACAGGGCAGCCAUGCUGGAGCUGUCAGAGAUCAAGAAGGACUUGCAGGCCAAAGAGGACCUGGUUAAAGCUCUGCAGAAUGAAGCCCACAAACUACAGGCUCAGGAUGAGCAGCACGCUCAGGAGGUUGCCAGGUUCCAAGAGGAGCUGGCUGAGGCUCACUCCCAGCUCCAGAUCCUCCGGAAACAACUGGACGAUGAACUGGCAAAGCAGCCGCUCACUAACCAAGAGGUUGAAGAUUUGAAGUGGGAGGUGGAGCAGAGGCAGAGGGAGAUUGAAGCUCAGAAGCAGCAGGUGGAGAUGAUGGAGCAGUGCCACCACAGGGAGCUCGACAACCUACAGACAGCUCUGCAGAAUAUUAAAGUGGAGCUGGAGUCGGUACAGGAGGAGCUGAGCAGCACCAGGAAGGACAAGUUUGUGCUGCAGGCCAAAGUGGGUGAGCUGAGAAACAGCAUGAAGACAGUCCUGCUUCAAAACCAGCAACUCAAACAGGACUUCAAACAGAGUCGUCUAAGGAAGCAGCGCAUGGAACUGAAAAGUGACGGGAACCCAUCCACCCCAGUAACGCCAGUUAAGAUCCCAGACUGCCCAGUGCCUGCCUCCCUACUGGAUGAGUUGCUGAAGCCUUCGACUUCUGUCAACAAGGAGCCACUCAACAAUCUCCACAACUGUCUACGACAGCUCAAGGAGGAGAUGGACAGCCUCCAAAGGCAGAUGGAGGAACACACAGUAACAGUACAUGAGUCAAUGAGCUCAUGGACAAACACAGAGGAAGGAAUGGAUCAACUGAGGCUUCAAAACAACAUCUCCAACUCAACAGAGCUAAACAACAUGGAGAUGGAAAAUAACAACCAAGGGGAACAGCAGCAAUCAUAACUAAAGAACUUUUUUCUCAGGCCAAUAGAGAGAGAGUGGAGUUUUAUCCACCAAGGCACUUUUUAGCCCCUUACACCCUUUCUCUUUUAACAAUUGCUGCCAACAUUUGGCAUUUCUCCCAUCGGCACAGAGGUGCGUUCGCAGAGUAAUACUUUACAUACCAUAGCUUUAUUCUUUCUUCUUUAUUUGAUGGUUGUGUUUUAUUUGUGUUACACCUUUGUCACAUUUAUUUAUUUAGAGUUGACAGAUUACAACUUUUUGUUCCAUGCUUCUUUUCCCCGUCUAUACAAAUCUUUCAGGCCAUAAUUUUUUUUUUUCCCCUCUCAUUGUUAAUUUAGCGUUUUUCCUCACAAAAAUUGGCUACUAUCCACGCAAUGUUAGAUCUGUGGCAUUCAUGCUGCUUUAUGAUGACUGGCUUCAUUUAAAGAAGUGUUUUCAGUGACAGAAACAAACCACGCCUAAAGGCUGGCCACCACAUGUUCUUCCAUUUAUGUGUGCCUGUCUAUGAGUGAAGUCAUUCGUCUGUGAAAAAACUGACAUGGUUAAACAGGCAGCCUGUGUUAAAACUUUAUCACUCCUGUUCAUCAACUUCAAAAAUUCACGCACAGUUGCAGUCAGUUAUUUUGUAUUGCCUCAUGUUAAAAUGCAGUGUUUAAUAUGUUUGCUGUAACCAUAUCACCCUGGGUUCUUAAACUCUAAAAAACAAAACAAAAAAACAACAACAUUAAUAUCAGUUUGUCUCGCAUGGACUGCAGUAAUUUGUACGCAAAAAAAGCCUUAAGCAAUCUUUAAUAUGGUAUAAAGGACUAAUUUGUUUGGGUGAAUAUAUUUCUGCUGAGGUUGUGUGCAAGAUGUCACUUGUUAUAUUGUAUAUAUGUGUGACUGCUUACUUAAAACCAGUUUAUUGUAAAAUAUGUGGAUUACAUCAACUGACAUCGCACACUUGAUCAAAACUGGACUGACUGAGGGAUAAAGUUAUAAGAUGAAACAAAAAAAAUACUUCUAAUAACAGUAAGUGCAAUCAGAUGUGUUCAGUUUCUGUUACAGUUAAUUAAGUUUGUAUUUACAAAAAAAAUGAAUACCCCUGAAUCACUUUUUUUUCCAACUGUUUCAUGGGUAAUGGGAUAAGUUAAUUGUUGUUUGCAGAGGUUAAUAUAUUAUGUACGUCCUUUUUUUUUGUAUGAUUGUUUAUUCAUCAUAAUUGAUAGUGUAAAGAAAAAUGGAAUCUAAUGCAAACCAUAAAUUGGAUAACAAUAAUAAUUCUGCUGCAGCUACACUAACAUUUCAGUAUAGAGUGGUUGUUGGAUGAUACAGUAGCUUUCUGCAUGCAGUUGUGCUGCAGCUGCUGUGCUGAUGCUCAUUCCCACACUAAAACGCUUAGGCAAAUACUAUUGUAUGCUGAUGAAUUUCCAAAGGGACAAUGCUUGGAGAAUGCUUAUUGAGAUGAAGCAAAUAACACAAAACAUUAAAUAUGUUGAUAUACUGUGUUCCC